AGUCAUUCCUCGUCAAUUUGUCGGCAUAAAGUAACAGUUACUCUCAGGAAUCGUAUGUUGCCACCGACUUGCGACAAAUCUCUAAUUAUUAAGAGCAUUAAAAAUGUCUCGGCUUCUCGCCAGCUUUUUUUUCCUUGUGUGGCACUGCAAUACUAAUGAGGCUGCAUUUACAAUUGGCCAUCCCAAAGCAGCUUUGAUGUUCGCUCGCGACGUGGCCCGGAUCUAUGAACCGGUCUAUAAAAUUUUCGAACUUAACUCUACCAUAUCCUCGCAUGACAACAAUCGAAUGAAAGGAGUCAAAGAACUGCUCGAACAUACUUUGUACGAAAAUGCUCACGGUUUGCAAAGCAUCCCUAACGAGAUCAAACCGUUCGUUCAGUCGCUUCUUAAUUAUAGCAAUCCGAUCACAGACAUUUUCAAUACGUUUAACACUGAAAUCACAGAGCUUACGAGCUACGACGAAGAGUUUGUGAUUUAUAUCACAGGUGGUUGGUCAAUCAUGACGUGUAUGAAUUCGCGCCAAUGCUGAAUGCUUCACAGAAUUCCGCGCUCAAACCUUUUGGCGAAUUUCCAAACGUUUAUCACGCUUUGAAGAGUAUCAUGCAACGAGAAACAACAUUUUGCACGACUUUACCUUUAUCUCCUCAGCAGCAGAUCUAUCAAUUUUACACUCGCAUCGUCUUGACUAAUGAAGUGAAAUUUCUGACUAUUCUUGAAUUUGCAUACGGAUUGAUGGAGGUGCUUGAAAAGCAAAGUUACAGACUGAGUAUCACAAAUGCAGAAAGUGGUUUCUUGAAACGAUUAUCCGACAAUUAUCUACAAGUCCAAAGUGUAGCUUCGAACAUGUCACACCUAAUAACAAUGUGUGAAACCAAAGAUCCUGUGAGAGACUCUACCUACACCGACAUGAGACCAAUCUUCCAAGGUAAGACCGUAUCACCGUACAAGGACUAGCGACUCUUGGAGUAUGAAAAAAUACCCUCUGAGGACAUCACUUGGGACACGGGCGUGUGUACACCCUUCCAGCGCCGCUGCCAGGGAGAACUAUUUGAGUGUCGAUCAAUCCUCGUCUCUGACAAAAAAGAUUAUUCUAUUUGUCUCGCAGACGAGAUGAGCGAAAAACGAUACAAAUUCCUUUGUUUUUGAAUAUUGCACAUGCGAAGAUCCAGCUGACGACAUCGAUCGGCACUUUAACCUGAGACCGGUCACAUCCGAUGUGGCCAACAAUA